GCUUAAAAAAAAUGGAUGGUUCUACCCUUCCAAGUCUCGGAGUGAGUUGCACAGUCGUUAAGCUUCGAAUAUUACUCGCGUCGCACAAAAGAACUGUCCAUGACAUAUGCACCGCCACAACCAUGACAUCAGCCUCAGUAGUAGCAACCGACGGCCUGUCAGACCUUGUCCUGCUACUUCUCGGACGAAUUUUUGGCGCCCUUAGCAUCAGGAAUCGCUGCGGCCCUGCACAAGACCGAACACCGAGAUGCAGGCGAUUGGCCAACGAUAUGGCACCACUCUCCCUGAUCAAGUGGAAAGAAUUGCGACAUUAUUUGACUCCCAUCUAGAGGUCAUUAGUGAUGUCCGCGACUUGUAUAGGGAUCGUGUCGCUUUGGAGCGUGAAUACGCUACCAAGCUUCAGGCAUUGACAAAGAAAGCAGCAGAGAAGAAGAGUAAAAUGGAGAGCUCGUUCGUAGUUGGAGAUGAUCCUACCAAGGCGUGGGACGAGCGGACCCUGAAGCAGAGUACCCUGAAUACCGCUUAUGACAAAAUUAUUCAGUCCAUGACCAACACCGCCGAAGAUCACGUAAAUGUGGCCGAAGUCCUGACCUCUCAGGUCGUCGACCUUCUCAAAGCUUUAGGGCGCAAAAAUGAGGAAACUAAGAAGAAGGAGAUGCAAUUUUUCCAGAAGCUGGUCUCAGAUAGGGACCGUACCUACGCUGAACGCCUGAAGAAUAAAGCAAAGUACGAUGACGAGUGUGGCGAAGUAGACCUUCAUCGCCAGAAGCAGGGUCGAGCACACGACGACCGACAUGCGGAACGUAUUGCAAGACAAGCAGACCAACAACGCAAUGACAUGCUAAACUGCAAAAAUUCAUACAUUAUAUCUAUCGAGGUGUCGAACAAGAUAAAAGCCAAAUUUUACAAAGAUGACCUACCAGUUCUAGAAGAUCAACUGCAAAUCCUUCAGAGCCGGCUCGUCGAGCGAUUUACCAAGAUUCUCCAGCAUGCCCAAGCGCUUCAGUCCAAUCAUCUGGAUGUCCUUAAAAAUCGAUUAGCCACCGUUGAGAGAUCCUUGGCAGAGAUCAACCCUUCAAAGGACCAGGAUCUAUUCAUUGAUCAUAAUAUCCGACCUUUCAGUCCCCCUAGUGACUGGAAAUUCGAACCUUGUGCAACUUUUUAUGACACCGAAAAUCUGAGCGUUGAUCCUGCACCAAAGGUAUUUUUGCAGAACAUACUUAGCAAGAGUCGAAGCAAGUUGCAGGAGCUUAGUCCUGUGAUUGACAAUAAGAAACGCGAAGUGGAACAAUUCGUUAAGCUCGAGGCCGCUUACGACGCAGAAAGCUCACUAGGAAAUGCUGAUGAAAUAUCAGAGAGUUACAUGGAAAGUCGACAUCAGUUGGUACAUUUUUGGUCGUCGGAAUGUAUCUUGAGUGCCGAAAUAGAGGUUAUCGUAGCCGCCGUCGGAGAUGAUUUGGGGGCCCAACAACCACAUUCUUUCAAGAGCUCGUCUUUUUCUAUCCCCACAACUUGCGGUUAUUGUCAGACGUCUAUAUGGGGCCUCAGUAAGCAGGGAAAGACAUGCAAAGUCUGCGGGAUAUCAGUCCAUUCCAAGUGCGAGCUCAAAGUGCCCGCUGAUUGUCAGCGUGGCGGCACAUCACGUAGCCCGUCUAUGCUUUCGCGGAAGUCUACAAGCGCAAGCUCACGUUCGACCAUUGCGACGCCGUCUGUACUGCAGACCCCCCCACCUUCUUCCUUUGUCCCGCCCACUCACCAAGAAGAGGUUUCUUAUCCUACGGCCCGGGCCAUCUUUGACUUCAAGGCUACAUCUGAGUUCGAGCUGAGUAUUACAGAUGGCACCAUUGUCAAUGUUCUGGAACCAGAUGAUGGUUCCGGGUGGGUGAAGGUAUCCGAUCCUCAUGGCAACGCCGGUCUUGUUCCUGCAACAUACUUGGCGCACGGCGAAGAAGAUUCAGCCCCUACCCCUACCCCAUCUUCUUUCCAAUCUCACGGCAAGGAACAAGGGUCAGGUCGAUACGUCAGGGUGAUUUAUCAAUAUGAAGCGGGGGGUCAUGAUGAGAUUGGUCUUAGAGAGGGUGAAGUCAUUGAGUUGUCGAGUGGUCCCACUGGAGGCCAGCACUACGGUGAUGGAUGGUGGGAAGGGUUCAGUACAACAGGUCAGAAGGGGAUUUUCCCAAGCAACUAUGUGGAAAUGGUGUGAUGGUUUUCAGACAUCCUGGAUGAUUCAGAUAUACAAUACGUUAGGUAUUUAAGCUUUCCAGUAGUUCCCCGUUACUUUGCCACACCUUUGAGAGUCUAGCUCGAUGCGGGGACAUAUAUAAGUACGUACAUGCGGAGAUCCAUUAACUA